AUGGACUAUCCACUCAUCAACCCUGAUGAUGACAAGGAUAUUCGACCAGAAGUGAGUGUCUUUAAGGCAGAUCUAUUAAGCAACCCAACUCCUAUUGAGGAUCGUUUCACAAAAUUCUCAACAUGGGACAGUCUUGUGUCUGCAUUGUCUAUUCUCCGCCAUGUGUCUGCCUCCUACAGAGGUUCGAUUGAUUGCACUAGUUGGCACUUGUGUAACAAGACUAAAUGUGAAUCUGCACUCAAAGACACUGAAGACUUCAUCCUUAGAUGUGUACAAGCUCAGGCUUUUAGGGGUGAACUUGAAGCAAUCAAGGGGAAAUGUGACCUACCUAAGGACAGUCGUAUUCAGCACCUAUCCCCAUACAUUGAUAAUGUAGGCUUGCUGAGGAUUGGAGGCCGUCUGAACAACCUGAAGAGUACUGGACUUGCAUCACUUAAUCCAGUUAUAGUUCCUAGGGGACAUGUGGCAACUCUACUUGUACGUUUCUUCCAUAACAAGGUUUUCCACCAGGGUAGAACAAUCACUGAAGGUGCCGUACGUUCUCAUGGCUUCUGGAUCCUUGGAGGAAAGAGACUUAUUUCUUCCAUCAUUUACGCAUGUGUUGUUUGUCGGAAACUGCGUAGAAGGCCCCAGGAACAGAAGAUGGCAGAUCUUCCGGUGGAUCGGCUCACCCCAGGACCCCCCUUUUCGUCUGUGGGACUUGAUGUAUUUGGCCCAUGGCCAGUACUUACCAGGAAGACACGUGGUGGGUCUGCUCAGAGCAAGAGAUGGGCUGUCCUAGUUACUUGUUUAACUACACGUGCAGUCCACAUUGAAGUGAUAGAGGACAUGUCCAGCUCAUGUUUCAUUAAUGCCCUACGACGCUUUGUAGCAUUGCAUGGACCAGUGAAGCUCAUCCGAUCAGAUAAGGGCACUAAUUUCAUUGGAGCUGUGAAUGACCUUCAUGUGAAUGCAAUUAACGUUGAAGAUAAUGAAGUUCAGACCUAUCUUAAGAACAACAGAGCAACAUGGUUGUUUAAUGCCCCCCAUGCAUCACAUAUGGGAGGUGUUUGGGAGCGGGCUAUAGGAAGUGCUCGGAGGAUCCUAGACUCGAUGUUACUGCAAGAAGUACCUAAAGAACUUACACACGAGGUGUUGGUUACACUUAUGGCCGAGGUAUGCGCCAUCCUCAAUUCUCGUCCAAUAACAGCACUUGAUGCGGACCCAUCAUCUCCUAUGGUAUUGAGCCCAAACAUUUUACUGACCCAGAAGCAGGGGGAAAUUGGAACAUUUUCAGACCAUUUGAGCAUCAAGGAUAUGUACUCUGCAAGUUGGAAGCAUGUACAGGUGUUAUCCGACAUGUUUUGA